ACCGUUCAAGCCCAUUAGCUAUUUAGCUCAAUCUGAUUUUCUUCUGAUUCCAAGCGCAGGCCGCAGCGACGUCGGAACUCAACAAGCCAACAACUGCCGUCCGACUACUUCGAGUAUUCGAGCAAUCCGCCGCUCGGCCACUCCGUCCGCGGUCCGCCAGCAGUCCAGCAGCUGUGCAGCGCAAACUCGAACUCCAGUUCUAUAGAAUUUGAUACGUCUUGCUGAUUGCUGGGUGGGUGAAUGAAUGGAGAAGCCGAUUAUGCAAUCAAACCAUAGCCUCAAGAAUAGUGUGAGAUGUGCCCAUUGCGCCGGUCCACUAUCCAACGAGAUGGAGGCUAGCGAGUGGACAGUUCCACCUUUGAUAAGAGAUAGUUUUUCCAUGAUUGGUUCUGCUGUUGGCGGCACAGUAAGUGCGUUUUAUGGCUUCAACCAUGUGAUGCCUUUUGUUAGAAAGGGGAUUAAAGGUCCCAUGUGGCUACAUUUCCUUGUUGGAGCUCCACCUGUAAUUAUUUUCUCAUCAGCAUGUGCAGGAUUGGCUGGUGGUGCUGUUCCAGCAGCUGCACAACUUGCGUCAUCUUCUUAUCAUGCUGCACUCUCAUCUUCUUCAACAUUACACCCUCCAUCCACCACCCACGAGGAAAAGGAGAUCAAGUCUCGACCAUCCUCCACUCUAUAGCACGACCGAGCACUGGACUCUUCGGUCUCCUCCUGUCUAUCUUUCCUAUGCCUCUCAGGGAAACCAUAAUGCGUCACGUUUCGUCAGUACGUCAUCUACUCCUUUUUGGAAAACUCAACUGUUCGUACACUACUUAUGGUGAUACAUAUUUUGUGUGUGUGUGUGUGUUAUGUUUAUACACGUAGCCAUUUAGUUUGAUUGAAGAGACGGAGUCAUGACAACAUUCAUACAUAACGUUUUGCCUAGUUAUGUCUAUAUAUAUGCGCCAAUGCACAUAUUCAAUGAUAAACAUUUUGUUAGUUGUAUCUACGUAGAAAUUGAACCGGAGACACCUCAGUAU